GCCCUAAACCCUACAAACCCUACUACCUCAUCUCGUCUUCACAAUUUUCUGAUAUUCGAUCAGACAAGUGAUGGUGUUUGAAAUAUGCGAUGCGACCCGCGACGAUGACGGUGAAGACAUCGCGGACGAGCUUCUGAUCGAGGAGGACUCGAUUCCAAAAUACCUGUGGAAGUACUGGCGGAAGAGGAACCAGAUCUUUUCGAAAUUCAAUGAAGGCGUUUGGAUCAAUGAGCAAGGAUGGUACAGCGUCACUCCCGAGGACGUCGCAAUAAACAUAGCAACCCACGUAACAAAGCACACGCCCGCCUCACCCCUCACAAUCCUCGACGGCUUCGCCGGCACCGGCGCGAACGCGAUCCACUUCGCCAGGCAAGCUAGCGUCCGGCGCGUGAUUGCGAUCGAGAAGGACGCGACGACGCUGCGGUGCGCGAUGCACAACGCGAAACUGUACGGGGUCGCGGAGAAGAUCGAGUUUGUGCUGGGGGAUUACUUUGAUUUUGUGGAGCAUUUCGCGGGGAAGAGUGAGAGGUGGAGAGUGGAGAAUCGGGUUGAUGUCGUGUUUUUGUCGCCGCCGUGGGGGGGGCCGGGGUAUCGCUACGACGAGGUUCUUGAUCUUGAGAAGAUGCAGCCUUAUUCAGUAAGCGAAAUCCUCAACGCAGCAUACAAACUAACCACCAACAUCGCGCUCUACAUCCCACGCACAUCAGACAUAAUCCAACUCCGCAACAUCGUCGAAUACCAAUACACGCAGUCAUCUUUCCACUCCCGCUCUUCCUCUGACGACGACGACGACGACGACGACGACGACAGCAGCAGCAAAGGAUUCUCGGAGCAAGAAAAGAUAUUAUUGUCGUAUCUGCAUGAGGAUGGGCAUUGUGUUGCUAUAUGCGCGUAUUUAGGCGCUCUUGCGGUGCCGGCGAUGAAAGAUUAUGGCGUGGUCCUGAUUGAAGACUGAUUAUAUAAAGUAAUAUUAUAAAGCAACUAA